CUCCGGUGGGUCAACUGCUUCGUCGGAUCCGCCAGUCUCGCUGUGUCGGGCUGUGUGUUCGGCGGAAUCCGUCGGUGCGCCGGUGAAGUGGACACCCAGCUGGCGGUCGCGCCUCGCUGAGAUCGUCGGAUUUUGGCGUUCUCCUUCCGCGGUUCAGGAUAUUGGUUACUACUCUUGAUCUCGAAGAAUGAUCAACUAUGUGCCUAUGGUUAGCUCGAUGUUAAACUGAUAUCUCAAAUAAGUGGACCACAGUACAGUGGUUUGUUCUGUAGCUCGAGAAUUGAAACAACUUGGUAAUGAGUUGUUUUUCUCGCAUUUUCAAAAGGACAAGGGGGCCCCAGCCGCAAAAUGAUCCAUGGGAUGAAGACCUCUCUGGAGCUGAGAAUAUAACAAGAUUCAGCUACAAGGAGCUCGAUAGGGCAACGGCAAAAUUUGAUCAAUCCAAUAAGAUUGGUGAGGGUGGUUACGGACCUGUGUACAAGGGAACACUUAGGGAUGGAACCGCUGUUGCUGUAAAGGUGCUCUCUUUGCAAUCUAGGCAAGGCGGGAGGGAAUUUCUUAGUGAACUCCUUACGAUAUCUGAUGUUUCCCAUAAGAAUCUUGUCAAACUUCAUGGUUGUUGUGUGGAAGGAAGCCACAAGAUCCUCGUCUAUAAUUAUCUUGAAAAUAAUAGCCUUGCACAAACCCUUUUAGGUUCUCGGAAAAGCGGCAUCCAGUUUAACUGGAAUAUUAGAGUAAAUAUUUGCAUUGGUGUUGCCCAGGGACUAGCAUACCUCCAUGAUGGCGUCCGCCCUCAUAUUGUCCACCGGGACAUCAAAGCAAGCAAUAUACUUCUUGAUGAGGAUCUUACCCCAAAAAUUUCUGAUUUUGGUUUGGCAAAGCUUCUGCCAGCAGAUGUAUCACAUAUUAGCACAAGAGUCGCAGGAACACUAGGUUACCUGGCACCUGAAUACGCCAUCCGAGGACAAGUGACACGGAAGUCAGAUGUUUACAGCUUUGGUGUUCUGCUUAUUGAGAUAGUCAGUGGAAGAUGCAACACUGAUACAAGACUGCCCUACGAAGACCAGAUUCUUCUUGAGAAGACAUGGACAUACUAUGACCAGGGUGAACUGCACGAGAUCAUAGACAGUUCGUUGGGCGACGACCUGGAUGUCGACGAAGCGUGCAGAUUCCUGAAAGUUGGGCUCCUGUGCACCAAGAACGUCACGAAGCGCCGGCCCGACAUGGCCUCUGUCCUCCAGAUGCUGAGGGGCGAGAUGGACGUGGACUCGCAGGAGAUCACCCAGCCCGACGUGAUCCGGGACUUCAGGGACCUGAAGCUGAGGAGCAAGGCGACGUCGUCGACGCUUCUGACCUCCAUCAUGGCGCGGUCCUCCCCGUCGUCGUCCUCCGCCGGCAACACCACCCGCACCUCCAUCACGUUCACCGCCAUAUCGGACCGUGACUGACAAGGCGCAGCGCAGCGCGCGAGAGAGUAACACGCGGACAGGAGGCCGGACGGAUUGAAACUGUGCAUACUACAUAGCAAAUAGCAUAGCCCAGAUUUUUUUGCUUCUUCAUUUUUUUGUGUGCUUGGAUGAUUCUUGUGUGUUGGUAGUCAUGGGUUCCGUCCAUGCUUUCGUUCACUUCACUUGGUUGUUUAGAGCCUAGACAAGUUGGGCAGCCAGAUCCGAAAAUACGGUGUCUGGUUUCAGGUACUCCUAAAUCUUAUAUUCGUCCAGGCCCAAAUCCGUAUUUCCAGGUCUCCAAAAAUUUCAAACAGAAUUUUGAAAGUAUGUGGCUUAGGCGAAAAUAACAAGUUCCAAAUGAAUAGUCUAAA